AAAGUCCCGAUUGCCCAGCGCGCUUGAGGUGUUUGCGACGGCGACCGUUCCCUGGAAGUGAAGCUUAAUCUACAGGGACUGUAUGCCAAUGGAUCAUGGACCAUAAGUUACUGAAUGAUGAUGACUAUGUCGAGAUACAACAAUUCCUCGGCGCCGUCAAUGUCCGACCAGUGCGCUUCGAGUUGUCACCGCGCCGCGUCAAGUCGAUCACCGGCUCGUCGACGCCCCAGGAUAUGUCAAUCAAGUCAUGGCAAGCCGAUAUAGAGGAGGAACCUGAUACGGAAUGCUUUUUGAAGAUGUGCGAUCCGCAAGACUCGCGAUCUGUUAGUCGCCUGCAGCGCGAAUAUUCUGUUCUUGGUCAGUUGAACGUCGCGGGCAUGAAAAACAUUUUCAAGCCUCGGGAUACACAAGUUCUCAGCUGCGGCUUCUUUUGCGAGUUGACCAGCGAAUACCUCAAAGCAGGUUCCGAUCUGUGUACUCUAGGGCAAUUAUUCGAGACUGAUCUGCUGGACUACUCAUCGCCAACCUCCAUCGACUACCUUCUCUCCAUCGCCAUUGAGAUCGUUGAACUACUCAAGAACCUACACAAUCACUCCGUGCGCCACGGAAAUAUCUCUCCGGAAUGUAUCUACUGCAUCAAGCAACCUCAUGAACGGGGACAAUACCCACCUAAACUACCUAUCAUGAUCUUGGACGACUUUGCAAGCGCUACAUUAUUUGAAGAACAUACUAUAGGCACAGUUAACGCCGAAAGCGUACCUCUGCCGGUCACUGGAGAGACUCAUCUGGCUUACAUAGCACCCGAACUUACCGGUCACUUCAAUCGGCCAGUCGAUCACCGAAGUGAUCUCUACUCACUGGGGAUUUUUCUAUACGAGCUUUUCACACGGGUAUUGCCGUUCUCUGGGGAUGAUGCCCUUAAUAUCAUGCACGGGCACCUCAGCCGCUAUCCUGAUCCUCCGUCAAAGUUGAACAAAGCUCUGCCUAAAGACAUUGACCGCAUUGUUUUAAAAUUACUUCGAAAAUCGCCAGAUGACCGUUAUCAAUCCGCCGCCAGUCUACUUUACGAUCUCAACUGCGUGCGAGAUUUCCUCCGCGCGGAAUCGUACGAGAACGCAAGAAAGGCAAAGGAUUUCGAAGCUGGGAGAGUUGACGCUAUGGCACGGUUCGAGAUACCUCAGGGUAUAUACGGGAGAGAAAAGGAACUUGCAGCACUGUUUGGUGCUUACGCACGAGUUUCACAAACGGAGAAGAGCGAGCACGUAUCCAUUCAGGGCUACAGCGGAAUGGGCAAAUCGAGACUACUGCGCGAAGUCCAACUUAUGUGCGGUCGAAAGGGAUCCAUCUAUAUGCUGUCGAAAUAUAAUCAGUAUGGCCAGAAUAUUCCUUUCGCUGCGAUCUUGAGCGGCUUAUCUCAUAUUGUGGGUGACUUUCUGACGCUAAAUCAGGCUGGUGUUGCAAAAUGGCGAGGUACUCUAAGAGAAGUCGUUGGAGAUGAAGCCAGGGUGAUUACGGAUUUGAUCCCUGAUCUGGAGAUCUUGCUCGGGCCGGACUGGGUUACUACACGACCACCACUGCCAGAGCUAGGGCCGUCCAGUUCUCAACAGCGCUUCAAACGUGUUCUAAAGUCGAUGCUGACGCGGUUUGGAGAAAUCGGGCGACCUUUCGUGAUCUUCAUUGAUGACGUCCAAUGGGCAUCUGACGCUGAUUUGCAACUGAUUGCCAGUCUUUUUUCCAAGGUCGAAAAUUCACCUAUGGCAAACGUUUAUCUUCUCACCGCGUUCAGAGAUAAUGAGGUUGACGAGAAGCAUGUCGUGAAUAGUGUUUUGCUGAAAAGCCUCACCCCAGACACGCGAUUGACAAUCCUCCCUGUUGCCUUCGAGGCUGCGAGUAACUUCAUCUCUGAUACCCUACACAGAUCACGGUUAUCGGAACUAAGGCCUGAGUGUCCGGAAUAUGAGGAGAUUGAAGCAUUGUGCUCUGCUAUUCAGAGAAAGACUCUGGGAAAUAUUCUGUUCAUUGCACAAACCCUCAAGAGAAUAUACGAGCAAGACGGAUUCAAGUUUGACUUUCAGGCGCUCAAGUGGACCUGGGUUCCGGACGUCGUGUCCAAUGUAGCCAUCCCUGCAGAUGUUGCUGCUCUUGUCAUUUCGAGGAUUGAGUCGCUCGGUCAAACUAAGGUCGUGCUGAAGGUUGCUGCGUGCCUUGGUGUCGACUUUGACAUCACUAUUCUCGCGAAAGCCAUGGCGGUGGAUGAAGAUGAAGCCCGUAGAAGACUUUGGCCGGGCAUUGAAGCAGGGCUUAUCGAGCGAGCGUCGACUAUGUCAUCGCAUGUCAGACGGCACAGGAGAAUCACAGACAGUAGCGGACAACAAACUUCGAGUACUAACGAGGAUACAUCCGCAGAAGAUUCAUUCGGGGCAUCGUCCAACACCCUGAAUGUGCCCAUGGAUGUCGCCGUUGUCGGCGAUGACAAAGAGAAUACUGGUGCAGAGAGGUUUCAUUUCUUUCACGAUCGAGCCCAACAAGCGGCAUACGCUCUGAUUCCUGACACUGAGAAGUCUGCCUUCCAUUUGGAGAUUGGAAGGCAUCUCCAGAAACAGCUGACGGCAGCGCAAAUGGAUAUCUACUUGUUUGUACUCUGUACACAUUUAAAUUUCGGGUCACAGUUAAUGACGGAAUCACAAGAGCGCGCGCAGCUCUUGCAGUACAAUAUUCGCGCUGCUCGAAGAGCAUAUAAAGGCACCGCGUUCUUUGCUGGCCUGCAGUUCAUCCAAACUGCCGUCGAUCUCCUUCCCGCGGACGGUUGGCAGUCACAUUACUGUUUGGCAGUAGACGCGUAUUUUGCUCUAGCUGAUAUGACAUUCAGUCUGGCAAGAUAUGAUGAAGUCCGGGAUAUUUUGGACGAACUGAACGGUCGUAUAGCGAGUGGCUGCAACAAAGACCGGUUGCAACUCUUGGCUCGUCGCUCAGCAGUGUGUAUUGCCAUGGGUGACUUCCCAAAGGCACUAGAAGCGCUAGGCUCUGCAUUGACGCUAAACGGCUACUUCUUCUCAACACAUGAAGAAACUCGGAUUGAAGAGGAGAUUUCAGAGUUAUGGAAGCAGUGUCCAGCGACAGUCGAUGGCGUACAUGCUUUGCGUGAACUCCCCGUUAUGGAAGACCCGAUAAUUCUGGCCCUCUUAGAUGUCUUAGUAUCUACGAUCCCUGCUCUCUGGCAUGGGCAUCCCCUUUCGAUGACCUUGGCCAUGCUCACUGCUUUAGCCAUCUUCCGCAAGCAUGGAAACAAUGCUGCCGGUACUGCUUGUUACUCAUUGCUGGGGCUUUUAAUGUGCGCACCAACCUGCACGAACUACUCGAUUGCAUUGGGCAAUGCCUUUGGGGAUGUAUCAGAGGCUGUGCUGCAAGCUGUACCCGAUGUGCCUGAUGCUGAGUCUACUCAUGUAAUCAAAGGUUGCUUGCGUUACUGGGUGCAAGACUGGAAGGCGAUCAGGGAUUUCGAUGUCGCGGCUGAUCUGGCGGAACAGGCGUACAAUGGUCCUUACCUCGCGUAUGCCUGCGUGGAUGGUGCAUUGGGGCUGCUUUUCAGUGGAGUGCCGCUUGAUGAAGUCGAACGGAACCUUAGCAGAGUCGUUGACAAAGUCAGGGUUCACCGUCAAGAUAUUGCCGACCUUUGGGUAGGCCCAACGCUGCAGAUGAUGCGUAAUCUGAGCUCCAAAGUGAACGAAACGGAUACGGAUAGCAUCUGUAUGCUCAAAGGUGACGCAUUUGAUGAGGAUGUUGGACUCCCGAAAAUGGUCAACUCGGGUUACAUGUCACACCAAUUCCUCUUCUGGACAAUGAAGAUGCUGAUAGCGUCCCUGAUAAAGAACACGAAUCGGGUACAGGAAGCAUAUGAAAACUGUCUGAAGCUCAAGUCCUCGGCUUUGGGGCUGGUACCCCAUGUGCCUUUUGUUCAUUAUUCAACUUGGCACAUUCUGGAUCAGAACCCCAUGUUAUCUCCAGAACAGUUGGCUACCGUUGAAGAGAAUGUGAAAAUGUUCAACGAUUGGGCGGAGCACAACCCCGUCAGUAUGUGCGGUAGAAAGCUCUGCCUGGAGGCGGACGUACUUGCCCAUCGCGGUCAGUAUCUUUCAGCUCUCGAUGUGUACGACCAAGCCAUUGUGCAUGCGAAACACAACAAUCACAUUCAGUUGGUAGCUUUGGUCAACGAACGUUGCGGUGAUAUGCUCACACGGCGUAGGCAUACCAAGCUUGGUUGGGGUUAUCUUGCGGAAGCCUACGAGUACUUCGUCAAGUGGGGCUGUCUACCCAAGGCCAGAAGAUUACUCGAUGAGCACCCAGAGCUUCGCCUGUUCAGUUCUCCUCACCCCAGCAUUCCCGUUCAUUUGCCGCCUCUAACAGCUAUUGAUGCAACCGGCAACAAGGGAGUUUUGCAGAAAGGCACUGCGAAUCACGAGGAUCUGUUCGUACAAGUGAAUGCGAAGGCUCCAUUCAACGCCGUUGAAGAACCUUCGGAUUCGAUUUCUCCCACCCAGUUAGACCUACUCGCGUACUUCCGAGCAGCAUUGGCUAUAGCCAAAGAACCAAAGCUCGAGAAAGUAAUCGAGAAGAUUCUCAGAAUUUUGAUUCAGGUUAGUGGGAGCGACUACUGCGCUUUAGUUCAGCCAAGGGAUGGUGAGCUUCACGUUGUUGCUACUGGGGACGCAUCCUCCACAGCUAUCCAUCAGGAUCGCCUCGCCUGUACCGGUGACCUUGUCCCUCCGUCUGUCGUGAACUACGUAUCCAGGACGCAGAACAUGGUGUUUAAGACUUUGGAAGAUUACCAAGAGACGGACGACGCCUAUAUUUCAAAAUUGCUUCCAGACAAAUGCAAAUCCUUGAUGGGAAUACCGCUGGUGAGUCAGGGAGCUUUCACUGGCCUUGUGUACUUGCAAAAUGAUCAUGUAUACUCUGCGUACGGAAAGCAGCGUCUGGACUUGCUUACCACUAUCGCAACCCAAGCAACGUUUGCACUUGAGAACGCCACAUUGCUACAUUCCAUCGAAGAAGCGAACAAGCAAUUACGUGAGCGUACGGCAGAGAUCGAAGAGUAUGCUCAUGAUCUCGAAGUGCGUGUGCAACAGCGGACUGAAGAAUUGCACGCAAAGAACCUGCAUCUCGAAGAUCAAAUCAGAGAAAGAGAGAGGGCCCAAGUGCUCAUGAAAGAAGCCAAAGAAGCUGCAGAGGCAGCAGCUGCCGUCAAAUCUCGUUUCCUGGCUACCAUGUCGCACGAGAUCAGGACGCCGUUUAACGCGAUCCUUGGCAUGGCAACCCUCCUUUGCGAGAGCGGGCUCAAUCCCUCGCAGUUUGAGUAUGCUGAGACGAUCCGCACCUCAUGUGAAGAAUUGUUAAGCCUUCUCAAUGACGUUCUUGAUAUUUCAAAAAUAGAGAACGAGAAGCUUGAGCUGGAAGUCAGAGAUAUGUACCUCCGAGACACGAUCGAAGAUUCUGUGUCUACUCUGGCCCUCAGCGCUAGCAAGAAGGGUUUGGAGCUAUGUUAUUUCAGCCAAGUUGAUGAGCUGGUGGAUCCUUGUACUGGUGACCCAACGCGAUUGCGACAAGUUGUCCUCAAUUUGUUAUCGAACGCAGUCAAAUUCUGUCGCACUGGUCAUGUAAUUGUGCGAAGCAGUGCCGCUGUAGCCCGCACAGUGCCCGAUGGACAAGUGUGGAAGGUACAUAUCUCAGUCGAAGAUACCGGUAUUGGUAUAGCAGAAAAUCGUCAUGACAAGAUAUUCUCGUUGUUCUCCCAGGUGGAUUCAUCCAUCACUCGGGUUUAUGGCGGAACAGGCUUGGGACUCGCGAUUUCAAUGCGAUUGGCUCAAAUGAUGAAUGGCGAUAUCACGUUUGAAUCGGUGCCAGGGCACGGAUCGACUUUCCAUUUCACGUUUGAAACGCAUGUGUCGUUCAAUCGUGCUAAGCGCGUUUUCCGGUUUAACGGGGUUGCUUAUAAGCGAAGUGCUUUCGGUAUUUUGAACUCUGCGUUAUUGUGUGAGGAACUUGAAUUGCAUCUCACGGCGAUGAAGAUCCCCCAUACAUUAACUUGCGAUGAUUCUUACGAUUUGAUGGCGCUCAAGGGCAAGGUGCAUCCUGUGCAAUGGAUAUUCCUCGAGCAAGGCUCCCCUGUUCUGGAGAAAUGUGCUCGAGAGUUCCCCGAAGCAUCAUUCAUCCUCAUUCGUGGCACAGCCGAAGAGGCGCCGGAUCGCUCGCUAUUUGACAAAAUGGGAAUUAACUGUUCUUUGUUGGUUCGUCCAUCACAGCGACGCAAGCUGUAUGAAGUCAUGGGACAAUCCUUGCAGUACGUCACCGCAGAGCAAAAGGGCACACAGACUGCUGAACCACUUUCCUCCUGGAGCCGCCCUACGACGCCAUCUAAGAAGCUGUUUGAUCCGGAGUUCGCCAAGACCACCCCUCUGCGCAUCCUACUCGCCGAGGACAACUUAGUGAACGUUAAAGUUUGCCAAAAGAUGACAGCAGGUCUAGGGUAUGCUAUCGAUGUUGUGUAUGAUGGUCAACAAGCCAUCGAUAAAUGUAAGGAGAAGCAGUACGAUAUGGUUUUGAUGGAUGUCAACAUGCCUGUUUGUGAUGGACUGACAGCGACGCGUUCGAUUCUCGCAUAUCACAAGGAUCAGCCUGAUCGACAAUCCCCGGUCAUAUGUGCUGUUACUGCGGAUGUCGCUGCCGGGGCGUCUGAUGCAUGCAUUAAGGCAGGCUGUUCGUUAUAUCUUACCAAACCAUUAAGGGUACCGGCAUUGAAAGAGGCUUUAUUACGAGUGAGCGAGCGCCUGAAAGAACGGCGGCAAUGAUGGGCUAGGAUUUCCAUGUGAGCAGGGUAGUGACCAUUGAGCGUGUUCGCAGCAAGUCUUGUUUGACGAUGCGGAGAACAUGCUGCUGGUUCGUGGGUGGAUUUAUUGAGUGUGAGACAUUUGGAUAUAAGAGCAGUGCCAAGUGUUAUGCCGGCUGCUUACCUAUAAUUGUUGGACAAUGGGUCUGCAUCUUGAGAAUAAGUAUGUAAAGUACCUACUGGUGUAUUGGAGGCUUGUUUAAAGAAAAAAUUCGCAUAUGAAAGGCAAGGCGUUGAGGAUCGGCUUCGGGUUGACGGGCGGACGGGCGGACGGGAUAUAUGAUAGAUACCUAGCUAUACAGUGACGUUU